AUGCACCGCGACCGCCGGUUCCUGCUCUUGAUCGUGCCGGUGGUGAUCUUUCUGUUGUUGGCAGCAAGCCUCUACCUCGGCAGUGAUCACCUUACGCUCAUCUCUGGCCUCCAUGUUCCGUUUCUCAGUCACUGGCAGCCGGAAAGUUCACCUGAAAGCAUCACGCCAUCAGGUGUACCGGACAGUGAUGACACAUUCACGUCUCUCCCAGUACCGAGCAGCACGGCGCUGCCACCGGCCCGAGUAAAAAAUGGAACGAUUCUUGCAGCAGAGAAGAUCCGACCCUACGUAGACUCCAUUCUCGACCCCGAGUCGACGGCUCUGCCGCGCCUGGGGUGUCCCCGGGUGAAUAGCACGCGGUACAAUGUCUUGAGAAACGAGAGCGAAGCAAAUGACAACCACAUCGAUUACUACUUCGCUUUAGACCUGCGCAACUGCCGCGAUCUCCUGCCGCGACUUCUGGGUAGCAUCGUCGAGGCAAUGCGCUUCCUCGGACCAGACCGAUGCGCCCUGUCGAUCGUCGAAGGGCAUUCUCCUGACGGAACGGCAGACGUGUUAGCGGCAUUGGCACCUUUCCUGCGGCAAGACGGCUUCUCUUACCACUAUCAGUCUUCGGACAUCAAUCCAGGGACAGGCUCAAGGAUCCUGAAGCUCGCCAAACUGCGGAAUCUGGGGCUGGAGCCUCUGCUGAACCAUACCUAUCGCACCUCGGCCAACACGACGGUUCUAUUCAUCAACGACGUGGCCGCCUGCGCUGAGGACCUCCUCGAACUGGCGCUUCAACGACGACGACUCGGCGCCGACAUGACUUGCGCCAUGGACUGGACAUAUGUCGGCCGCGAUCCCACAUUCUACGACGUCUGGGUCGCACGCGGCAUCAAUGGGGACUCUUUCUUUGACAUCCCCCCCAACGGGAGUUGGGACUUCGCGUGGAACCUGUUCUGGAACCACCCGCAGACCAAGGCACGCCUGGAUUCCAAGGUUCCUUUCCAGGCGUUUGUCUGCUGGAACGGCGCCACGGCCUUCACAGCUGCGCCUCUCCUCGACGGCCUGCGGUUCCGCAACGUUCACAAGGGGGAAUGUGCUCAGGGCGAGCCGCAAAUGUUCUGCAAGGACCUCUGGCACAGGGGCUUUGGCAAGAUCGCCGUGGUGCCAGCCGUCAGUCAAUCUGGAGUAUUCAGACGAAAAGGCCGAGAAGCUGAAGAAGCUGAAGGGCUUCACGUCCGAUCUCGUCAGACAACAGACGGAAGAGGACGCCAAGAUUGA